AUGGAGUCGCUGCCGAUCCCCGACGAGCUCCUGGCGGAGAUCUUCCUCCGCCUGACCGCCCCAGCCGACCUCGCCCGCGCCUCCGCCACCUGCGUCUCCUUCCGCCGCGUGGCCGCCGACCGUGCCUUCCUACGGCGGUACCGCAAGCUCCACGCCCCGCCCCUCCUCGGCUUCCUGGACACCAGAAGAGUCUUCCACCCGGACGCCCCGCCUCAUCCCUCCGCGCCGGCAGCCAAUGCAUCCGCCCUCGCCGCCGAUUUCUCCUUCUCCUUCCUCCCCGCCGCCGGCUGGGCCGUUCAGGACGUCUGCGACGGCCGCGUUCUCCUCGGGAAAUCCCGCAAGCGCAACGUCGACGGCGGGCGCCGGUACAGUGAAGUCUUACCGGAGAUGGUGGUCUGCGACCCCUUGCACCGGCGGUAUCUCCUGCUUCCCCUCAUCCCUGACGACCUAGCCGCUUCGGUGGAGAACCAAUGCUGCUGCUGCGAGACCUUCCUCGUUCCAUUCGAGGAGGACCAGACGUCAUUCAGCGUGAUCUGGAUGGUGCACUGUACAACCAAGCUGUUCGCCGCCAUCUUCUCUUCCAGCACCGGAAAAUGGCGAACCAUUUCGUCCCAGAACUGGGCUGGUUUGUUUGCUGGCUUGCGAUUGUCGACGGGGACUAUUCUCUUCACCUGUCGCCAGUACGUGGAUGGUUGCUUCUAUUGGGUGGUGGGCUGGAAGGAAAAGUUGCUGGUGCUCGACACCCGGAGGAUGGAGUUCUCCAUUGCUGACCCGCCACCCGAAGCCAAAGGUCAUUGUUAUCUUGAUAUAGGCGUGGUGGAGGCAGAAGAAGGCGGGCCUGGGGUGUUUGUGUAUACACAUAUCACAGCUGACCUCAGUUAUUACACUCUUAGGCAUGACAUUGGUGGGAGCUCUAGCAAGUGGCACAAGGAGAAGACAGUCUCACUGGGCUCUAGCUACAUAUUCAUAGGUUCAACGGGGAGCUACUUGCUCUUCUUCCUGGAUCACUGGGGAAGCUCUGCGCUCGAGAAAGGUUGUUUCGCUUUCACGCUGGACGCCAAAACACUCCAGCUUGAGGAAGUACUCAGGAAGGCACCGAGGAGGAAAUACUGGAACAAAGCGCAGGGGCGCUGCAAGCUGAAGAGCCUGUUGAUAGGCAUAACGAUGAGACUUGAUGAUGCGGAUGCUGGACUUCAGGCUGGCGUGUUGGGGACUGUAGAUGGUGCUGAUUGA